GCUGGACGGACGCGAAUGAAUAAGCGAUGCUCCUGCUAAUUUGAGCAUCGAUGAAGUAAAACCUUUUUCCUGUGGCAGUUGGGACACUUAAGAUUAAGUAGCGAUUCUGAUACACAGAACAUGAUCUGAUUUCUAUUUCAUAUUAUACCAGAAUAACUCAUUUAAAGUGCAAGUCUGCAGGAUCUGGGGAUUUCAAUAAAAAUAAUGACUGAGCAUUUAAUAAUAUUCUGCACUAAAUACUGAUCUUCCACCAGGAACACUUAGUGUGUGUGUAUAGGUUAUAAACGUCAUAGAAGGACCAAAUUUAAACCAAAUUGAAUAUGAAACUAUAACUGGAUAGUGUGAGAAGCAUUGUUAGCAAUAAACAUCAUUAAAAGUGCAUUAAAUUCAGUUCCAGGCCUUACUUUUGUUUCCGUUCUUAGUUGGAAGUAUUUUUACAUUGUCCUCAAGUAUGUCGUCACAAUGCAUGCUGCAGGUAAGUUAAAUUAGAUUCUAUUCACAGCCCCCAUUAGACUGGCCCUUAAGGUUAAAAUCACUCAACCGUGUCCUGGGGUCUGAUCUAAAUAUGAUCUCAUGAUUUGUGUUUGGCAGGAAGUUCAGCCAGAAUAUUGACCAGCACUUUCAUAUUUAUGGACACGCUCCCCUCCCCGCCGUACUCCUUUGCAGGUUUUAUUUCUGCUCCAGCUGCAGUAAGCUCAUGGUGUUACUGGAAACCGGAUCAUUCUGCCUGAAUGUUAGAUGUUCCUUCUGUUUUUUUUUUUUAUCUCUUAUCUGCUAAAUUGCUUUUACAUCUGGUAGUAGAAUUAGCUUUCUUUAAGCCCCGUAGUUCUUGCUUUGGACUGUGAUGGAGCAGAGUGAUUCCAAUGCCCUGGAUAUCAGUACUAAGGUGCAGCUGUACGGCGUCCUCUGGAAAAGACCCUUUGGACGCCCUUCCUCCAAGUGGUCGCGAAGAUUUUUUAUUAUUAAAGACAGCUUCCUGCUUUACUAUGCGGAGAAUGAGAAGCGGAACUUUGAGACAAACAGAUACUUCAACAUCCACCCCAAAGGAGUUCUCCCUUUGGGAGGAUGCGUGGUAAAUUCUAAAGACGUACAGGGAAUGCCCUUCGCCUUGACAAUCACGCAUCAGGAUUUCUCAGGCAACAUCGUCCUGGCAGCCGAAUCAGAGCUGGAGCAGAGUCAGUGGGUGAAGCAGCUGCAGGAAUCGAGCAAAGUCACCUGGAUGAAUUCACUGUUGGGUGAGGCUAUGAUCGAGAGUUUGGAGGCACAAGGACUGCAGCUGGCGAAGGAGAAGCAGGAGUACCUGGACAAGUUAAUGAUGGAGACUGAGGAACUGUCUCUACAGAGAGAACAGAAAGAGGAGCUGAAACGCCUGAACGAACUUCUGGAGGAGGAGAACCGGAAAUUUGAGGAAGUAGUAACAGAACUAAGGAUGGAACAGGAACAGAUCAAGAUGGAUCUUGAUGGGACAGCUCAGUCACUGAAGGCGGUGGAACUGGAGAAGGAGGAGCUUCAUGGUCUCACCACGAUGCUGCAGAAGUCACUGGAGGAGCUGGCCCAGGAGAAGCAGCAAACCCUCGAGCUGCUCUGCACGAGCGAUCCGGAAGGGCUGGAGCUGCAGGAGAUGCCGCGAGGAUCUCCACAGGGCAUUCCAGAUGCCAGCGUCCUGCAAGGCAACUUGCAGCUCAUUGAGGAUCGGAUGAGGAGUCUGCAGGGAGAGAAAGAGCAGGCAGAGGAGAAGCUGAAGACAAACAAGCAGCAAGCGCAGGUAUUGCAGGAGGAACGCGAGUUCUACUAUUCCCAAGCCCAAACCCUGCAGCUGUCCCUGGCAGAGCUGACUGUUGACAAGGAGAACACAGAUGCCGAACUAAAGGCAGAGAUCGAGUCGAGGCUGGAGCUGGAGCAGAGGCUGAAAGUGGCCGAAGAAGCUCUGCGGAGUCUGGAGGAGGGCUUGAAUAGCCUCAGUCGCUCCCGGGAGAAAGAGGAGAGAAUGAAAGGCGACGUACGGCAGCUGCGAAGGUUCUUUGAAGAGUGUAUCUGUGCUGCGGAGAUCGAGGCCAAGCUGCCGGCCAUCAUGAAGAACGCUGUGUACAUUCACAAGGCUACAGUCCGUCGCAUAAAGAGCUGCCGCUUACGCAAGAAGUCAUCCAGAAGCCUCAAAGGAAUCAAAGGACAAUCUCAGUCCUUCAUCCUCCCACCUGGAGAUGAUUCUUCUUUGGAAGAUCUUAAGAAAACUGCACGUCAAGUUUCCUUUGACAGCUCUUUACGAGAAAAUGUUUAUAAGAUCAUCGCCCGCCAUGACCAGGGCCAAGACUGAUGGCAGAUAUUAAUAGUUUAUGAUGAAAAGAUCCUUGAAUUGAAUGACUCCUAUUCUCUUGCCUUUUUUGUUAAGUUCUAGUAAGAAAAAUAUUGUUGAUAAUACAAAAAUGUUUUUAAAUAGUCCUACCAUGUUAUGAAAAAAUACUUUCCUUUUAGAGCACUGUGUUAGUAGGUGGAUACCAGUUUCACAAAAUGUCUGAUUAAAGUCAUUAUCUUGUUAAUUUAGAAAAUUAAAAACUUUGUCUUUGGGAAUGUAGAAAAGGUUGCCUUGCAUCAACGUAGCAUUUAUGAAUCCAUCAGCUGCUCAGGAAUAUGAUAGAACAGUGUUUUGCAGUGACAAUAGACGUACAUGCAGUAAAUUUAGAAUAGCUUUAGACGUGGCAAACAUACAAAAGCUUGUAAUGAUCUAGUCUCAAAGCCUAGAGUCUCCAAUCAUGAAAUGGACAAUAGACAUAAAGGAUGUUAGAAAAAAGAAACUGGUUCUUUAAAAAAAGAAGCUUUGUUUUUUGAUCUUUUAUUUUACUUUAGGAAAUCAUGAUACACGUUGCUUAUUUUUUUCCCAGUACUGUGCAUUAUUUUAUUUUGGCUUUUGAGUAUUAACAGAAAUAAUACUCCUUGCAUCAUGUGAGGUAAAAAGGGGGAGUACUUAGCAUGGUGGUGAAGGACACAUUCCCCAAGGUACCAAAUGGUAAAUUUGCUGCGGACAGCUGGACUUAAUAUCAGCUAUUACCGUUCUUUCAGAGGGUGAUCAUUUACAAAUGUAGUGACUUAUAAUCAAAUAAUGUAAUGGAAAAUACACUGAAAAUCUGAAUGUCAUGAAUAUAUAUAUCUAUAUAAAUACAAUAAAAUA